AUGUCCGUCGACCACCAAGCUCUUGAGUUGUUUUUGCAACAACCAGUCAAUAGAGACAUGGUUCACAAACUCGUCGUGGCUACCCUCCAAAUUUUACCUUGCAAGAACACUAAAUCGGUACAACCCGACGGCCAACCGUUGCCCCUGUUGAUGACCUUUUUGACCCGUUUGGUGAAAUAUACCAACAUCUACACCGGUACCUUAAUGACGACUCUUGUGUAUUUGCAGCGACUCAAAGCUCGUCUUCCAGCCAAUGCACAGGGUUUACCGUGCACUCGUCAUCGCAUCUUACUCCUGUGCAUCAUUGUGGCCUCGAAGUUUCAUAACGAUUCCCUGCCCAAAAACUGUCACUGGGCUCACUACACCGACGGCCUUUUCUCCUCUGCCGACGUUAACUUGAUGGAACGUCAGCUCUACUGUUUAUUAAACUGGGACUUGCGCGUGUCGUCAGAACAAUUGAUUGUGGAACUCGAGCUGUUCUUAGCUCCAAUCCGCGUGCACUUAUCAGUCGCUCAAGACGAUUGUUACGACUUGCUGUCGCCCCUGCUGGUACUGCUGCUGCGGUCGCCUUCACCCAUGUCCCUGCCGACUGGCAUUUACAGACAUGGUCUGGUGUCUCUGGUACUGCUGAUCGAGGUGGAUGUCGAUCCCCUCAUUGAAAUAACAGCAUUGAAGGAGGAGCAUCAACUUCAGCAGUUGUUGAACAGCUUGAAAACUAGCUACAAUGACUAG